AUUUUUGCAUUGCAACGUCUGACAGGCUGAUUAGAAUGAAACUUUGAAAGGCCGGCAUCUGUUCUAAUGUUGUGAUGUGACGUGGAGGGCCGUCAUUUUUCUUUUCUGAUAAUCCUGCUGGAAAGAAAUCAAGUUUAAAUCAUCAUGACGAAUUUGGAGCAGUUCAAUAGGAGACAAUUUCUAUGGAAAAUUGCUUUAAGAAUUAUUCUAUAUGGCAUUAUACUAUCACUCCCAUCUCUAUGUUUGGGUCACAGCAAAAACCCCAGCUUUAAAUACUCGCGAGAGGCAAACGAAAAUUUCGAUACCAGAAAGGCUCCAGCUCCAGUGCACGAUCACGGUGAUCUCCAUCAUCAUGAUCAUCACCCACGUUUACAUGACGAUCAAGAGCAUGUUCACCAUCAUGAAAAUCAUCAUUCGGAGCAUCAUAAACAUGACCAUCAGCAGCGCAAGCUUAAAGCUCCACAAGAUAUGUCUAGUGUUUGGUUACACUCUAUAGGAUCUACGUUGCUAAUUAGCGCCGCUCCUUUUGUUUUGCUUUAUACAAUUCGUUUAGAUAAUAGUGAAGCAAUGAGACCUCGCCUGAAAAUCAUUUUAGCGUUUGCCUCCGGUGGAUUAUUGGGCGACGCUUUUCUACAUCUAAUACCACACUCGACUCAUUCGCACGUUCAUGGUGAUGAUCAUCACACCCACUCACACAGUCAUGGUCACGACGAUGACCACGAAAAUGGACAUGAUAUGAAAGUUGGCCUAUGGGUACUGGGCGGCAUUAUAGCAUUCCUCGCUGUCGAAAAAACGGUACGGUUAUUGAAAGGUGGUGAGCACGGGCACAACCAUAUUCACUCAUCAACCAAAGUGCAAAAAGGAAAACCAACAAAAAAAUCUGACCAAAAAACGAAUGAUAAAAAACCAGAAGAACGAAAAGUGAACCCGGUAUCGAAUAAAGAUCAGAAGGAAUCAAAUGAGGUAAAAAUUACGGGGUAUCUGAAUUUAGCGGCUGAUUUCGCCCAUAAUUUCACUGAUGGCUUGGCGAUUGGUGCUUCCUAUUUGGCUGGUAAUAGUAUUGGUGUGGUUACCACAAUUACGAUAUUACUACACGAAGUUCCACACGAAAUUGGUGACUUUGCCAUCUUAAUUAAGUCUGGUUGUACAAAACGUCAGGCAAUGAUGCUACAAUUAGUCACUGCGCUCGGUGCUGUGGCUGGCACUGCACUCGCCUUACUAGGGGCUAGUGGUGAUGAUGGUUCUACAGCAUGGGUCUUACCAUUCACAGCAGGCGGCUUUAUUUACAUUGCUACUGUCAGUGUAUUGCCCGAAUUGUUGGAGGAAUCUACCAAAUUGGGUCAAUCAAUUAAGGAGAUUGUAGCCAUGCUUAUAGGCGUGGGUCUGAUGAUUUUUAUUGCCAAGUUAGAGUAAGAGUUAUGUAUAUACGCUUAUAUAAUACGCUUAGUAAGCCUUUAAAUCGUUAAGCGUAAACUACAAAUGUUUCUGGUCUACAUUGAAUUCUUAUAAGUAAAGCUUUCGUAAUUAAAAUAACGAA